AUGCGGUUUUUUGUACCCGAAUGUAACACUAUAUUUAAGGGCCAUGUGCGCAAAAAAAAAGCGUUAAUAAAAUCAGGAGUUGAUGUUUAUCAACCAAAAUGGUUUGCUUUUGAAUUUAUGGAGUCUUUUCUGCAACCAGUAUAUAAAAGCCAGACACCUACAAAUACUCCAGAUACAGUAAGUACCUGCGAUAAAUAAAAAUAUUUCUAAUUUAAAUACAUAUAUUAUUUAAUAUAAUAUAAUCAAUAACUUUUUAAUGAUUCAAUAUAUUUCUUUAUAUUGUAAUAGAUGUAUUAGAUAUUAUUGUUUACGUAUGCGAUAAAUGCUUUUCUAAUCUUAAUAGCGUUCGUCGUCGGUCGACGAGAUACCACUUUCAAAGGCCUAAUUGUGCUAUAAUCCUGUACGUCCUUCUCCACUAUCCCUCUUGAAUUAAAGUGCCGUUGUUAUUUUACGCACAAAUGUCUCCGGUGAGCAUAAAUAUGGUUGGAAUUACUUUUUCUGAUAAAAUUGUGUAGUAAUAUGCAUGCCAUGGUCAAAAGUGUUACUUUUUCUUUGUUUAAUGUAAUCGGUUUUCUAAUUAUUCGGAAUUUCGAUGCCAAUAUCCCAAAAGUGUUUUCGACUAACACACGUGAACUAGAUAAUUGUUCGUUAAAUAAGCAUUUCUCAGUUCCCAAAUUCAUGAUUUCCCGGAUAAUGCUUCAUAAUGUGCGUGCUCAGCGCAAAAGCACCGUCACAUAAAAAACAUAAGGCAAGGGCUCGUCUGAUCCCGCAGGCAAAGAGCAUGGUGUUGGAAAAUUAAAUUUAUUUUCUAUAAUACACUAAUCCUUCCUGGGUUUCCGAUGUCAACGAAAAUAAAUUGGUACCUUAUUACAGUCUACUACGGCUAAAAAGACAAUGCUGAAAGAUCUUUUGUAAUUGAAAUACUCUGAUCCUGUGUGAGCAUUGUAUUACAAUGCGCUUUCCAACCAUUGCUCCAAUGGCAAAUGGAAAGGUUCCACUAAAUCCUUUUUCUAUAUUUAACCAUUCUUUUUUUUGUAGACUGUAUUUGUAAAAAAAAAAAACAAAAAAGUAUAGAAAUAUUAUUUUUUUUUUUUGUUUAGUCUGUUGCAAUUAACGAACAAAAUCAAAGUGUGAAAACAGAGAAUACAACAGAGAGCACGAAUACAAUAGUUCCUGAACAACCAAACCAAACGCCUUCACGGCCAAAUCCAACGAAUAAACGUCGUUUUACCCCUCCUGAGCUUCAAAAAGUAGUGAACCAAAUGAAGGAAGAGUUUAACAUGAUAAAGAAUGUAACUACGAAAAGAGGUAGUGAUAAAGAAGAUGAUGAAGAAUAUGAUCUGCUUGGUAAACUAUUGGCGAAAAAAAUAAGGAAACUCCCAGAACGUGAACGGGAGGAAUUUUUGUAUGAGAUCCAAGGUGUGUACAUCAACAAACUAUGUAAUGCAAACUCUUUCUCUACUCAUUCAAAUGCCUCAUCUACUGAACAAUCUGAUCCGACACAUCAAAUCAAACCUCCCUCUAAUGUUUCAUCACAUUCUGAAUCGACAUGUCCGAUUUAUCAACCAAACGAUCAACUACAUUUGAAUAAAAAUAUACUUGUCGAUAAACAAAAUACAUCUAUAAAAUUUGAAAAUUAUUAUGAUCUCGUUGAAGAAAAAAACAUUAAACAAGAGAUUCUUGAUUGA